CAAGAUCUGGCGAUAUAUUAUUUUGUAAAAUAAUAGGUGCAACAUUUUCUAACAACAAUUCUACUAAUAGUUCUAAAAAUGUAGAUGCUAACAAAGAUUUCACUAAUGGUUCUGAAAAUGUAGAUAUAAUAUUUGAUAUUUUUAUACUAAGUGCUGUUUCAUUAUAUUAUGUAUCAAGAAAAG